ACAUUUCGAAAGGAUUUAAAAUCUCAACGCAGACGUUUUUGCUGCUCGAAUUCUCCUCCGACGAUCAACGGAGACGUGCGCGAGUAAAUAAACAAAAUAAUUGCUGGAUCUUCUUUUCUGACACGAUUCUACAACGAGAUUGCCCGUGCCGGGCAAUGUGAGCAGCCGAGUAAAUAGAAAAAGAGAAACGAUUGACUGAUUUCUUGUGGUGUGGGACGCUACCAUGCUCCGUGGUAAGAGCAGGAGCAGGUCGGAGAAUAACGAAAACAACGAGGGAACGGAGAUCGGAAAACAGCGGAGACCGAAGUGUGCCCGUUGCAGAAAUCACGGCCUCAUCUCGUGGUUGCGGGGUCACAAGCGGGAAUGUCGUUACCGGGAAUGUCUGUGUCCGAAAUGUUCCCUGAUCGCCGAACGGCAGCGAGUGAUGGCUGCACAGGUUGCUCUGAAGAGACAACAGGCAGCCGAGGACGCAAUCGCUCUUAAAAUGGCAAAGGUGGCCACCGGACAGAAGCUCGAUCGACUUCCGCCAGGCAAAAUCUUCGGAAUGUCCGUGACUGAGCCGAAAUCUAUGGUGGAUCAAAAUGAAAAUGCGACUCCCGUUACAAAGAAACUUGACGGAAUUUCUGAGGAUACCAAUGAUCUUCCACGUGUAUCGACCGAUGACGCUUUACCUGCUCGUGUUCAAAACUGUUCCGACAACUUGGAAACCUCUUCGAGAUCCAGAAGUUUCCUCUUCGACGCCGGCAAGCUAGAGGGAGUCAGGGAAACCAGCCUGGUAUCUCAGACCUCCGUGGAAACUCUAGCCCGCCUGUUCCCGAAUACCAAGCUGUCGGUCCUGCAACUGGUACUGCAACGUUGCGGUCAGGAUCUACUCAAGGCAAUCGAGUACUUCGCGAGCGACAACCUGGGCAUCACCGAGCCAGCGAUGUCAACCAGUAUCAGCCACACAUCCUCGGCCUUCCGGCCCCCGCAGACGAUUGUUGACAGCGCCAUGGGGGAACAACAGCAACAGAUUCCCGGCACGAUGCUGGCACCGAUCUAUACCAGUCUGUCCAGAAACGUCUACGGAGAUGCGGGUUAUUGUCUACUGAACAUCGUGCCGACCGAGCAAUUCGCCAAGGGGACCGACCUGCCGAUUGCGAAAACGGCGGUCGAUCAAGAGACGGUCGCUCUUAAUUUUCGCUACAACAAUUACUUCACUUCCGGCGUGCAACAGCAGCUGAGGGAUGCACACAUGUGCGCCCAAGUGGCGGCGGAUCGGCUGUCGGCUGCCAGAUCGGCGGGCAUAUUGCAUCAUCUGCCACCCGCCGCGGCUGUGCUGCCGAGCAUCCCUUGUGUGCAACCCAAUUGCACGCAAUGCAACUACAAGUUCACCUAAAUGUAUUUCUCUAGAGAGGUAUAGCUAACUGUAUCGGUAGAUUUGAUUGCAGAAUAGUCUUUUAAUAUUAAUUCUCCUAAAUAAAAGAAGUUGGAGAAAAUA